UUUCACCGCCUCUCAGUCGGACGGUGACGUCACCUCCCAGCUAGACGGACAGUUGGAGUCUUCGGGCAGAAGAGACAGUUGUUGACGUUUUGCUUUGGUCGCUUUUGUCUGGAUUUUUGGACAUUACGCCGACAUUAUCCGCGGAUUUAGAAGCCCGCCUUUCGACUCUACCAUCACGCCUCAGUGCGGGGAUCCAGCAAAGAUGAAAUGGAUGUUUAAAGAGGACCAUUCCCUGGAGCAUCGAUGUGUGGAGUCAGCCAAAAUACGAAACAAAUAUCCUGACAGAGUACCGGUGAUAGUGGAGAAGGUUUCUGGCUCGCAGAUAGUGGACAUUGAUAAGAGGAAGUACCUUGUGCCCUCUGACAUCACAGUGGCCCAGUUCAUGUGGAUCAUCAGGAAACGCAUCCAGCUGCCUUCAGAGAAAGCCAUCUUCCUCUUUGUCGACAAAACGGUCCCCCAAUCCAGUCUGACCAUGGGCCAGCUGUACGACAAGGAGAAGGACCAGGACGGCUUUCUGUACGUGGCCUACAGCGGAGAAAACACCUUCGGUUACAACAUGGGGCUAACACUUUGCUGAAUACCAGUCUCUCUCCCUCUCUCUCUCUCUCACACACACACACACACACACACACACACACGCACAGUUAUUUAUGGUUGAUUUUUGAUACUAGAAAAUACACAUUUUAUGGUGAAAAUGAAUGACACCAAAAUGCUACAAUAAACAAACGAGUAACAAACAUGGCAGACUCAGAUGAUCAUCAGUGUCAAGAAAAGCUUGACCCAAUGGGUGGUCCAUGUCAUGAUUGCUGUUUAAAAGUUGUGGAGAGAAAUAUCGUUAACACUGCCGUACAACAAGAAUAACAACGCACUUUAUAGGCACGUCAGAUAUUCAUUUUCCAAGUAUCUACAUCAGUAUUACAGUAAAUAAAAAAAGCUUAUUUAGCCUUUGAAAGACACACACACACACACACACACACACAAACUAACAUUUCUCAUUACCCAAUCAUGCUCUAUUUUCUUUCAGUCUAGCUUUGUUGUCACAGAUAUUCGUGUUCAGCUGAAGUGAGAAAGAAACUCUAUAACCAUGUGACUAUCUAACCCAUUAUGGAUGUAUUUGUGUGGCUCUUUCAUAUCAUCAUCAUAUGUAUAAAAACUGUAUGUAUAUUUAACUUUAGGUACACGCAGCACUACGAUAGGGUAUGAGAACAAAUAUCAGCAUGUGACAGAAGGCAGCUCAUGCUAUCGAGACGGUGAAUGAUGGAAGCUGCUAGUGAAAGGCAGCCGGUGUAAAGUUCAGGGGCGACCGUGGAUCAGAGCUUUAGGGGGGCCUGGAACCCCUUUAAUGGCAUUUUUUUAAACAUUAUUCUACUGUCUAAUAGUUGAUUUGACAUCAUUUUUGACCACCAUCAUAGGGGCAGCACUAUAAGACACCAACACUUCUUAGAACACUUCCUUUAAUGCUGAGCCACAGGACCACAGAGGUCAGCUGUUAUUACACAUUAAGUUGGAAAUGUAUCCCUGGAGAAGUGACACUUCCAAAAUGCAGUAUCAAUAACUUUUGAUAAUUAGAGAUUUAUGGGAUUUUAACUUAUGGCUGACAAGCACUAUUUUCU